UAGAAAUGCCAUAAUUAAUAUUGCUCUCUUAGACCUCAUGUCCCCAUACAGGCCUACAGAAGAAAGGACCAGGAUUUUACCCAUGUCACAUCUGCUAAGAUGGGGGGGUGUGUUAUAAUCUAUACUGCAUCCAGCCACCAGGGGACGACCAAUAGGUUUUUGUUGUCUAGUAAUUAGACAAUGCUAAUAGAGGAGAUUAGACGCUGGGUUACAACAUUAGACAAUCAAAAUGGACUUAACAAAAAUAAGAACUGACUAUGAUAUGAAAAAAGCAAAAUGCUGAACAAUAAUUACCACUGUAACUUAACCAAACUGGGACAGGAAGUCACAUGCGGCACGAAUCAGGUGUAACAUCCACAGGCUAACAGGCUAAAAAUCACUGAGUCCAGCAGCCCAAUGUACGGGAAGUGCCGAAGGCAGCCGAUUCUGGUCGAGUUAACAGGUUAGUACGGAAGUGUCCACAUUAACAAUCGUUACUAUGCUUUGUACAUGCACAGUAUGUCUUGUUAUCCUAUUCCAAACUAUUGGGCUGUAAAAUACCUGUAUUUCCCCCAGUUAUUUGUUUGUAAAUGAAGUCUGAAAUAAGCUUAUUCACAUGAAGCACAAUAGGACGGAUAUAACUUCAUACAGCGCUCUUUAUCCAGGGUAGUGGUCUCGUGUGUCCGCCUGCUGCUAAGCCACUUAUGCUGCAUGUUUCCAUUGUUUGAAAGCCUCCGCUGCGGCCUGUAAUUGGCUGGCAGAGAGUGCACUGAAGUAAGUGGCAGGGGGAGGCUGUGCGCAGAUGUCUAUGCCUAAUGGUUGUCUAUCUCCCAGCGGUCUCCACAGUCCCAGGAGCCACUGAUGAGAUAUGCUAAUGUCCCUGGCUGGCUUUGCUUCAGCGAUCAGCACAGUUUUCUGGUAGCAUUGAAUAAACCCGGGCUGAUUGUGCCCUGGUGAUGUAAUUUUAAAUGCUUAACCAUGAUAUUGUCUUUUAAGUGAUGAAAAUAAUUUUGUAAAUUAAUGUUAUAUUUCCACUAACUAUAAUAAAAUCUGGACGUCUGUUUCAGCUGCCCCGAUCCAUGCACAGUCCAACUCCGGGCACCAGGAUUUCCCUCCCGGACCUAUUUACCCCCAUCCAUCCAUCCAUCCACCAUCCUCUCUGCCUCUGUGUCUCCCUCCCCCCUGCAGGUACAGCAGCCCUCUGAUUCGUUACCAACCCCCACUUUGUGACUCAUCUUCUUUAUUAUAGCAAACGGAGAAUCAUCAGAGGGAACAUCAGCAGUGUUUUCCUACCCAGAGCCUGAAGAGUGUCCCUGUCAGGGGAGGGGACUCACAACAGAUAUAUAGAAAUACAUCUGAGCAUCAUUUUCUUUUUUCUAUUUUUUUUUUCCCCUCAUGCUGCCAUGUUUUUCACGUUUUGUUCUGAGGAUUAUUGUGGGUUUCACCUGGAGAGUAGGUUUGGCAGCAUCAUGAAAAGGUCUGAAUAACUGUCUGAGUAGCCAAUGUUUUGCUGAGACUUUUUAACGUGAUUUCUGCAUGGGUCUUUUGUUCUGUGACUUACACAUUUACUGGAAAUCUGUGUCGUUAUAGCAGUAAUUUGCUCCCUGUUUAGUUCAGCCACUUCCUAGUUUACUGACUGACAUGCUGACAAAGUCUUUGUUCAAUUACUGACUUUGGUGUUUCUUUUCUGGUCGACUGGCUAAUAAAUGAACUUGCGAUUUGAUUAUUAAACAGUAGCAGAGUGUUUGUGGUUGUCUUAGUUAUUUCACCUGUACCUGAUUUUUCAAACAGAUGAUUUUUAUCCCCAGUCUUCCUGUUUGCUGAAUGGCUAGGAGUGGCAUCUUCAUUAACAUCCUCAGGAUUUGUGACUGUUUGGACUAGCUGUGAUGAAGAAGGGGAGAGAUUUGAUGGAAACAAAAUAAAAACAGAUUAAGAAAAAGAGAACUAUGAACAAGGAGCAGCAGAAACUUUGGAGGAGAAAACUGGAUUAGGGAGCAAGCAGGGGAAAUUGUUGAAGGACGGGUGACAAAGGGAGGCGUGGCAGUGGGAAGAGAGGAGAGUGGUUGCAACCCACACCGUGAGAUGCUGAGCUGGCUCAGAGAAGAAGAGAUGUCGGUCCAGGAGCUGCUACAGAGGGUGCAGUGUGUUAUCACUCAUGUCGAUGAGAUCAUGCAGCAGGAGAUCAGGCCCCUGCUGGCCAUGGACAUCAUAGAGCAGCUCCAUCGCCAGUUUGCCUUGCUCUCAGGAGGGCGAGGGAAAGAUGGUGCCCCCAUCAUUACCUUCCCAGAAUUCUCAGGCUUCAGUGAAGUGCCAGAAGAAGACUUCCACAAUGUAGUUACCUACCUGACCAGCAUCCCCAGUCUGGAUGCUGCAAGUAUUGGCUUCAUCAUUAUCAUUGACCGGCGGAAGGACAAAUGGAGCUCCGUAAAGGCGUCUCUGUCAAGGAUCGCUGGAGCAUUUCCAGGAAACCUGCAGCUGGUGCUGGUGCUGAGGCCGUCCAGGUUUUUCCAAAGGGCCAUGGCAGACAUCGGGAUCAAGCUGCACAAGGACGACUUUAAAAUGAAGAUUGUGAUGCUGAACUCUCUGUCGGACCUUCAUGGCUAUGUGGAAAAAGGCCAGCUGACCAGGGAGCUCGGAGGAAACCUGGAGUAUUGUCACAGUCAGUGGAUUCACCACCGAACUGCCAUAGAAAACUUUGCCAUGACAGUGAAAACAACAGCCCAGAUGUUACAGAGCUUUGGGACUGACCUGGCAGAGACGGAGCUGCCCAAUGACAUCCAGUGCACCAAAGACCUGCUCACGGCACACACCGACAAACACGACAACCUCAAGGAUGAACUGAAGUUAGCCUUGAAGCAGGGCUCCACGUUGCUGGGUUGUAUCAAGGAGCAGGCAGCGAAGUCAGAGAAUCACAAGUUGAACCCAGAUGAGAUGGAGAACCAGACCACUGUGGAAAGGCUCCUAGCCCAACUGGAUGAGACGGAGAAUGCCGUUGAACAGUUCUGGUGUAAACAUCAUGUGAAACUGGAGCACUGCCUGCAGCUACGCCACUUUGAACAGGACUUCAGAGAGGUCAAAGUGUCUCUGGACAGUUUGUCGGACAGUCUGACCAGCCUGUCAGUUAUUGGGGAUUGUCUGGCCAGAGUUGAACAUCUGCUAAAGGAAUUAAAAAUAUUGGAGGAGAAGGCCCAGCCUACUUUAGAAAAGGCCCAGCUCCAUGCACUGCACGGUGACCAGCUGAUCCAGAGCAACCACUACGCCGUGGACUCCAUUCGACCCAAAUGUGUGGAGCUGCGGCGGAUCUGCGAUGACUUUAGCAACGAGGCCAAGAAAAAGACAGAUGUCUUAUCCAAAUCCCUGGAGAUACACAUGGGUAUCAAGAAGGUAAACCAGUGGUGUGAGUCUGGCAUCUACCUGCUAGCCUCCCAGGCUGUGGAUAAGUGUCAGUCACAGGAAGGGGCAGAGUCAGCACUGACAGACAUCAAACGCUUUCUGGAGUCAGCAGAGGAGAACCAGCUGAUUGAACUGAGGAACUUACACAACCAAUAUGAGGUUGUCCUCUCUGAGGAUAUCAAGACCAGUGUCCUGAAGGCACUAAAGCAUCUGGAGGAUGUGCAGGAGAUGUUUGAGAAGCGGCACAUCAGCCUGAAGAGACUGUCAGCUAAACAGACAAGGCCUGUCCAGCCUGUGGCCCCGCGCCCUGAGUCCUCUCCCAAACGGCCCUCAUUGAAAAACCCUGCGAGGACCACAGUGAGCCAGCAGCCUCUGGCUCGCAGAGCUUCUGAUAACUCCAACAGUGGCAAGCAGCCUGCAGAAGCUGAUCCUAACAAGAAGAGGAACAUUCGCAAGGCCAAGGGAGGCAUCAAGAUUGAGGUGAUGCAUGAGGAAAGUCAAGGAGGUACCACCCACGUCGUUUUGACAAAUGAGACAGAGGAGAGUUUGUCCAACAGACGCAGACACAUCAUGACUGAGCUGAUUGAAACAGAGAGGCUGUAUGUAGAGGAACUGCAAAGCAUCAUACAGGGUUAUUUUGCAGAGCUUGAUAACUCAGAGCUCAGCCAUCUCACGCCCCCCUGCCUGGAGAACAAAAGGGAUGUGCUGUUUGGUAACCUGCCAGAAAUAUAUGAAUUUCACAACAGGACAUUUUUGAGAGAGCUGGAGAACUGUAUGGAGAAACCAGAGCUGGUGGGAACCUGCUUUUUGAAAAGGAAAGAAGAGCUUCAGGUGUAUCAAAAGUACUGUCAGAACAAACCCCGCUCUGAAGUCCUCUGGAGAAAAUGUGGAGACAGCCUCUUCUUUCAGGAAUGCCAGAAGAAACUGGACCACAAACUCUCUCUGGAUGCCUACCUGCUCAAGCCUGUCCAGAGGAUCACCAAAUACCAACUGAUGCUCAAGGAGAUGUUAAAGUGCAGUAAGAGUGAGGGCAUGGCUGAGUUGGAGGAGGCUUUAGCGACCAUGCUGGACAUCAUCAAGUCUGUGAACGACUCCAUGCACCAGAUAGCCAUAACUGGCUUUGAGGGAAACUUGAGUGAACUGGGGAAGCUGCUGAUGCAGGGAUCCUUUAAUGUCUGGACUGACCACAAGAGAGGCCACAGCAAGGUGAAGGACCUGGCCAGGUUUAAGCCCAUGCAGAGGCACCUCUUCCUGUAUGACAAGAUGCUGCUGUUUUGCAAGAAGAGAGAAGAGACCACAGAUGGACAUGAAAAGACCCCAUCCUACAGCUUCAAACACUCACUCAAGAUGAGUGCUGUGGGCAUCACAGAGAACGUCAGAGGAGACAACAAGAAGUUUGAGGUGUGGUACAAUGCCAGAGAGGAGGUUUACAUCAUCCAGGCUCCUUCCAUGGAUGUGAAAAGUAUGUGGGUGUCAGAGAUUCGUAAAGUUCUUACAGGCCAGCUAGAGGCAUGCCGAGAGGCCAGCCAGCUCAACAUCUACGGAGCCCCCAUUAGGAAUAUGCGGAAGCUGGCGCUGAGACAGUCUGAUUCAUCAAGUCCAGAGUCAGGCCUCAGGAGGACCAACCCCAGUCCCAAUAUGAGACAGAAGAGAGUUGAUGCUUCCGCCAGCCAAUCAGGCCACUCGGUUGCUAAUGCUAGGAAACGCUUCACGUUGCAGGGACUAGCCAACAGGAGGUCUCUCCCAGCAGAGCCUGCUGCUAAGGAGGCGGAGGUCUCCCGCCGCUUCUCUCUCACCUCCUCUCUGGCCUCCUCCUCGACACGACGCACAAAAGGUCCCCUCUCUUCUAGUAUAAAGAGCAAGAGACACGAGAUAAAGAGUGAUCCCACUCCAUUUGGUUAUGAAGAUACUUUGCGUGGUGCUAUGACUGCAGCCGGAAAACGUCAGAGCAUGACAAGCAGCACUGGUAUUGCUGCUGGCGGCAACUCAGCAGUCCCUAGAUCCACCUCCCAACCAGGCUGGACACAGCGGCGUCUACCUUCCAUGGACACAGAGGACUUUGAGACAAUCCCCUCCAGUGCAGAGGAAUCCUCCAACUCUUCAGAAGAGGAAGGCAACAAUAAAAAUGGUGACAGCAGUCGUUUCCAGGUGCAGGUGAUUUAUGAGUCUCAUGAAGCACGGGACAUCUCCCAGGAGACGGGUGACCUGGCCCAGUUUCUGGAGGAAUCUAAGAACGGACACUGGCUUGUCAAGAACCUUUUAACAGAGGAGACCGGUCUGGCUCCAUCCAGUCCUCUGCAAACAGCACCUGAACGAGAUAUCUUCAGUGAUCUGUGUACUGCAGCUCUCUCCGACCUGGAAGAAAAUGAAGCCAGAACGUGGGGAAACGUGUCUCAGGACAGCAGCUGAAAAUAUCUGACAUUGUAGUUCAUUAAGAUGGAUUUUAUUGGAUCACAAACAUGAAUGGUAGCUCUAACUAUAGUUUUUCAAUAGUUACUUCCUAAGCUGGACUUAAGUAUCAUCAACGAUUCUUUUUUUCUACCAGUAGUAGAAAAACUACCACUAAUAUGGUCUGGGUUUUUUUUAAACAACAGUUUUUUUGGUUUUUAACGACUCUCAGCAAAGUGUCCAAAAGCUUGAAACUUAAUAGGACUGAAUGCCACUGUGGGAAAGCCAUGUAAGUAUUUUAACUGAUGUGGAUACUGACAUUUACCUCCAAAGGUGGAUAAAUUCAGAUUAAUACUAUAGAAAAUGCUGUGGCUGGAUACCUGAAGUGUCAGAUCCCAAUUUGGACUUUUAUAACUAUAAGAAAAAGUGAUCAACUCAAUGUGCUGAUUGUGAGCAGGCCUUGGCAUGGUGCCCUGUUUUGCUGCUACCCUGCCCUGAUGGAAGUCUCUUAGUGACCAGGUUCUGCCUUCGCUGCAUCGCUUCAGCUGCUUUUGCUACUUCAGGCUCAAACUAUAGACUUUCCACAGGAGCUGCAGUCUCCAGAGGAACCUACAAGAUGUCCUGCUUGCCUUUCAUCGCACUGAUAUAGCACCUACAUAAUGUCAUUACAUUACAUCUGAUGCUGUAUAUUAUCUCAACAUGCCCUUUUUUCACCCCCCUGUAGAUUUGCAAAUUAUCUAUAUUAAUUGCUGUAAGAGGUUAAAAGAUAUAUUCCUUUCAUAUAUGAAUUCAUAACGCAGAUUUUCUUCUCUGUGCACUGCAGGAGAAAAAAAAAAUAUGAUUUACUAUGUCUGGAAAUAACUUGUAUUAUAUUAUAUUUGUUUGUUUCUUGGGGGCAGAAACUGCCUUAUAAAGUUGAUAAUGCUAACAUUUUAGCACAUACUCAAACAUCGAGCAGAAAUUUAGUUACAUUGAAGUUCAGUUGUUUCUGGUAACCUGACUAAUGUAAGUCACAUGUUAACCCCUCCUUGUUGUGUUUUAGUUUUCACAAAGCUUUUGAGCUAUUUAACUGGGUAUAUUUUCUGUGUAGAGACAGAGAACUAUGUUUGUCUAUACUUCUGGUGCCAAGCAAGGUGUUGUGCUUGUGUAGCAGCUUGUUAGCCUAAAGCAGCUUCCUGCUGCAUCCAGAAACAAGGUUGAUGAGAGCUAAAGGACUAAAACAACCAAAACAACCAAAAAAAUUAGCUUAAAGAGGCUAUAAUGAACUAUAGAGUUGAGUGGAACGGCAGAGCUGUUAUCCCCUUUCAUACAUAGUAAAAUGUAUUGAUGGUGCAGCUUGUGACUGUGUCAGGUGUACAACUACUGAAAAAUCUGAAAUAAUUCAGUCAGUGAUGAAUUAAGCAUUACUGUAGCCCAUCACUUCCUCAGAUGGAUGGAGUGCUGGUGUAAAUCAUGUGUUUGGAAAAACAUUAAUCUCUCUGACAUGUUAUGCUACUUGGACUCGUCUACACACAAUGGGUUUUUCACUAGCACGCUUUUGGAGAACAUACUGUACUGUAUGUUGUGAGAAACUUCGGGGAAAUGUUAGGCUGUUUCCUGCAAGUGUUUUUUCAGGGAAAUGCUUCUUCCCUUGCGAGAAGCAUCUGGGUUGUUUCCUAACAUCAGCUAAUAGGCUUCACCUCUUUAGAGGAAAAUAGCACUGUUCAUUGAAUGCUAGGAGGCUAUUAUGGUAAAUGUGUAAAGAUUUUCUCUAUGACUGCUGUAUUGUUGUACAUCAUUGUCAGAGGCUUUACAACAUUGUAUUGUUUUUCUAUUGAGAGACAGAAUUCUAUUAACUGAGAAAUCUGAAACAGCCCUGAUGGCACAUCAUGUCGCAGCGGGGAGCCCAAAGGGUUCAUAAUCUUAAAUGUUUAGAAGACACCUCUCUUGAUUUGCAGUUAAUCUGUAGGUCAUUAAUAAUUAAAUAAAAAUAAGAAACUGACAGGAAAUAAGAAGGAUAAAUAUUCAUCUGGUGAUUGAAUACAUGUCCAAAUGUGAGACUUAGUUUCUCUUUGAUAAAGCUAGAGUAUGUAACUAAGUCUUUGAAGACAAGUCAGGGUUUAAACAACCUGGCCUUGUUAAGCAAUUUAAAAAAAUGAAUGGAUGGAUGCUGAAUAGAUGUUUGAUUAGGUGGAUGAUGAAUGCUGGAUUCAUGGAUGGAAGAAUAGAUGCAUUGAUGCUGCAACUUGUGGGUGGGUUGAUGGAUGAAUGAUGAAUGGAUAGCUAGGUAGACUGAUAGAUGGAUAGAUGGAUGGGUUGAUGGAUAAAUCACAGAUGGAUGGAUUUUUGGCUGCACGGAUGGACAGAAAGACAGACAGAUACAAACAUAACAUUAACUUGGUUACCAGAGGGCAGAACUUCAAAAUAAGAAUUUCAUACACAUUAAUAUUAGUCUGAUUGUACAGUAAACCUCUCCUCUUGAAAAUUCUGUAUAUUGUUCAUUUUUUCAUCAAUGAGAAAUGUUGUAAACAUAUUUCACUGUUGUUGUAAUGCAUCUUGCUGCAAUUUAAUGACCAUUUAGCAAACUAUAGAAUGUAUCAAGUUUGUAAAUUGUACCUUUCAUUGUAUGUACAUAAUGCUUCAUUUUGAAAAUCUGUAUUUACAUUGUGAAUUUUUUUUGAAUGCAUGUUACUAACUUCAAAAGGAAUAUUCAUGUCACAUGCAGACCACAUUUAAUCAGAUGUUUUUCAUUCUGGAAUUAUUAUUUUUUUUACUUUGUGACAGCUUUUGCCUUCUCAGUAACUAUUUUCAGUAAACCUCACCAUAAAGCAAUAGAACACAUUUCACAUUGACCAGGGGCCUGUACUACAAAGCAGGAUUUGCGGUUAUUGAGGUAACUUCAGGUUUAACUCUCUGUACUAAGAAGCGGGUUCACUUCUUACUGGACUAAAUCCCCAUGAUAACUUCUGCUGAAUGGCUUACCUGCUCCGGAGCAGGUAAAGUUCGAUAUUAAAAACUUUAUUCAUGGUUCUGAUGAUAACAGUUGUGAUAACGAUUCUGCCUCUUUCACAUGUACAAAUUCAUGGCCGGUAUGAAAACCCAGGGAUAACAGAGACAGUUGAUAUCCAGCUUCGUAGUACACUAUAUCAGGAAAGCCAAUGUUAAGUUUAUUUAAGCCAGAUAACGAAAACAUCAUAAUAAUAAUAAUAAUAAUAAUAAUAAUAAUAAUAACAAUAAUAAUAAUAAUAAUAAUGAUAAUAAUAAUAAUAAUAAUAAAUUUCCUUUAUAGAGCACUUUUCAUUGCUAAAAGCAAUCUCAAAGUGCUAAAAUUAUAUCAUAUCAUAUCCUGGGUAUGUUGGACUCUCUUCAUAGUGCAGGCCCCAGGUGUUGUGAAUUCGCUGACAGAAUUAGUAGAAGCUACCAGUCUUCUCAGUGAGAGAAUGGACAUAAAGAUUAAGAUAGUUUGAUAUGCUGCACUUGCAGUUAAGCCAGCAGGUAUCAUGGUUAGAAUGUUUGAUAAUGUGUGCACAAUCAGUUAACUCUCAAACUACUAAAUCAUGCAAAAAAAAAAUCAUAAUUUGCAGUCACAAAGGACAAACACAACUUAAAUAAUUGUCGACCCAGUAAAUAUAUUGAAGGGAUUCUAAAGAUGACAGUUAUUGCCGUUUAAUAGGAAAAAUCCAAAGUAUAUCAAUCACUGUUAAAAACCGAGCAGUUCAUAACUCUCAUACACUGUCCAUGAUUUAAAGCUUUGACUAUUUUUUCUUUGCAUUGCACUGAAGUAUCAUGUGUACAGGUGCAACUCAAAAAAUUUGAAUACCGUGAAAAGUUCAAUAUUUUUCAUCAGUUAUUUGAGAAAGUAAAUUUAAUAUAUUUCUAGACUCAUUACACAUGAACACAUGUUUCAAGCAUUUAAAAAAAAUGAUAAUUCCGACAUUUACGUCCUACAGCUAAAUAAAUGUAUCUCAAAAUAUUGAA